AUGGAAUCUGCAGCGGCCUUGCGGAGAUGGACUGAAGUGUUCAUAGUUAUGAAGCCAGAGGAUAUCCCCUUAGGCUAUUAUACCCAUAUCAACUUUGCAUUUGCAUUAAUUGAUCCCCAUUCUUUCCGGAUUGCUUCAAUGGACCCUCAGACAGGGUCACUCUACCAAAGAGUAACUGCACUGAAGGAUCAUCAGUCCGAUCUACAGGUUUGGAUUGCUAUAGGAGGUUGGGCUAUGAAUGAUCCGGGGCCUACACGGACUACAUUCUCUGAUCUGGCGGCAUCAGAGUCUAGACAAGACGCAUUUUUCGAGUCACUUAUUACUUUUAUGCUAAACAAUGGAUUCGAUGGAGUUGAUAUUGACUGGGAAUACCCUGUGGCGGAUGAUCGAGCGGGAAAGCCAGAAGACUUCAAGAACUUUGUUACAUUCCUACGAAGGCUCAGGCGGCGGUUAAACCAGACUGGCCGGAAGUUUGGUCUCUCAAUAACUUUGGCCACUCCCAAGGCUUCCCGAAUGCAUUCCUGCCCCUCACUAACUGAUGUUGGACUUCUAGACGGGACGUGGGACGCUGGCGUCAAAUCUAUAGGCUCACAUGCAUACGCUCACACAAACCUUACAGAAAUCAACAUGGCCCUGGAACUACUCUGGCGUAAUAACAUUAACCCAGCUCGAGUGGUGAUGGGGUUGGGAUUUUACGGCCGAAGUUUCACAAUGAAGGACCCGAAUUGCUUGGACCCUGGGUGUGAAUUCAAGUCAGGAGCUCAUGGAGGUGAAUGCACGGGAACGCCUGGGGUACUAUCGGCUGGAGAAAUCAAGAAGGUCAUUUCACAAGGUGCCACUAUCAAAUUGAACACUGAAGCAGCUGCAAAACUAAUCACUUGGGACAAUGACCAGUGGGUUAGCUGGGAUGACGAAGAAACACUGAAAAUCAAAAUGGACUAUGCUAACAAACGCUGUCUUGGAGGCGUUAUGGUCUGGGCUAUUGAUCUAGAUGACGGGACUUUGAUAGAUGCUCUGGGAGCUGCCAUGAACAAGACAAAAACGGAAGUUUCCAAAGGGCCACUAUCAUUCCUAGGCUCGGACUUGGGGACAGUAUGGCCUGAGAAAGAGGAAUUAUGA